CUCGAGGGGGGGGAAGAGGAGCCAGAGACGUCCCAUCGCUGCGGGAGACAACACAACACAACACAAAGAUGAACCCGAAGCUUAUUUUCUGCUGUGGAUUUCUGCUGCUGCUUCUCAGCCAGGACCAAGUGAGGGCCAAACCCCUCUCCAGUUUACAGAGCCUGUCCAGAUUGUUAGAUGAAGAUCUGGAGCAUCCCCUGGCCUCAGAGGAGAUGGACCAAGAGCGAGAAGACAUGAUCCCAACUGGUGCCUUUGACCAACAGGACUCUGAGCUCCAAUGGGCCCGAAACUCCAAGGACCAGCCCGAGGGGGUCCCCAUCAGUGACAGUACCUUCCAGAGGCUCUUCAGCGAUCUUCUGGGUUCAUCCAGGAGAUACCGAGGCAGGAGCAAAAAGGGCCUGUCCAGGGGGUGUUUUGGUGUCAAGCUGGACAGAAUUGGCUCCCUGAGCGGACUGGGAUGCUAACUGUUCGCUAUGGAUUAAGACUUUCAGGACCUAGAGGACCCGUUGCCUUUCAAUGAGAUGUUCAGCUCAAACUGCUCCAGCUCCACUAACUCCCCUGUAGACACUGUGCUGAAUGAGUCCCUCCCAGGCCAUCUAUACGUGACCACUAAGACACUGGCCAUUGUUCCAUAGUUUGUAUCACAGUAUUACCUUAUCAAACAGUUAUCGGUUCCAUUUAUUUGUCUCGGUUACGUGCCAUGUGUAUGAAACAGUCCUCAUUGUGUCAUGGAUGCUGAAAAUCCACUGGUUUUCAUCAUUUGGUGAAUGUGUUUCUCACCUCCACUCUGGUUUUCUUCCUAGUUCAUCAUUCCUGAGGACAAAGCGUUGCCCUGAUUUACAUUUGGUCAAAUAAAUAUGAACUAUUCAAA